GUCACGUGCCGGCUGUCGGAGCUGCGGCGGCGGAGCUUUUCUCAGGAGCCCUUCCCCAUACACCUUCCCCGAACCCCCCCGGAGGGGCCGGGAGGGAGAGCCGGGACCGCAGGCAGAACCUUCCCGGUCCUUCCUGCCUAGCUGGGUCCCUCCCGCGGAGCCGUGUCCUUGUGGGAGGCGGCGCCCCGGCGCCGUUGCGGGGCGAGCUGCGCGCCCUGACUUGGGCUGGGCGCGAUAGUCUCGGAGGUGUUUUCCAACCUGCUUGAUUCUGUGACUUGGGGGUUUCGCUAUGUUGGGCAGUAAAAUAGGUCACGAGCAUUAGUCGUGGCAGCGUCACGCGUGGCGGAAUCCCCUGGCCGAGCCGGCGCGGCUCUUAAUUCCCGGAGCGAUGUGCAGCGCUUUAGUGUAGCUCCGUCCCUCCGGGUGCCACCGCUGUGUCCGGCCGGCUUCGAGCCCUGCCGGCGGCGGCUGAGCGGAGCCGCAGGGACACACGGACAGUCGCGGGAGCGCAGCGCGGAGCACCCAGAGACAAUUUGCAGAGAAGCUGAAACACUGUAGUGUACCACUGGGCAGGACAAGUCAGGAAUGAACCAGCCUUGGGAAGGAGGACCUGCCAUCCUAGCUGGAGACGUCUGAAGAGAGGACAUUUUAGUCUUGUGGCAUGCUUCAGUAGAAAUUGUUCAGAAAAAGAUGGCUGGCUGUGGUGAAAUAGAUCAUUCGAUCAACAUGCUUCCCACAAACAGGAAGACAAAUGAGUCGUGUACUAAUGCAGCACCUUCCCUGCCAGUCCCUGAAUGUGCUAUCUGUCUGCAAACAUGUGUCCAUCCUGUAAGUCUGCCUUGUAAACAUGUUUUCUGCUAUCUGUGUGUGAAGGGAGCUUCUUGGCUUGGGAAACGAUGUGCACUCUGCCGGCAGGAGAUUCCUGAGGAUUUUCUUGACAAGCCAACCUUACUGUCACCUGAAGAACUCAAAGCAGCGAGCAGAGGCAAUGGAGAAUAUGCUUGGUACUAUGAAGGUAGAAAUGGUUGGUGGCAGUAUGAUGAACGUACCAGCAGAGAGCUGGAAGAUGCCUUUGCCAAGGGUAAAAAGAGCACUGAAAUGCUCAUUGCUGGUUUUUUAUAUGUAGCAGAUCUUGAAAAUAUGGUACAGUAUAGGAGAAAUGAGCAUGGACGUCGCAGAAAAAUAAAACGGGACAUAAUAGAUAUACCAAAGAAGGGAGUGGCUGGGCUGAGGCUGGACUGUGACACUAACACUGUCAACCUGGCAAGAGAGAGCUCUGCUGAUGGUGCAGACAGCACACUGACUCCGGGGGCUGCGGCUGUGCAGCCUCUAGCACCCAUUUCUGUGAGGCCGCUGCCAUCACUGGAUGGUCAGCUGUUCAGUCCUUCAACGCCAUCACCUGAUACAAGCAAUUCUCUAGAGAACUCUUUUGCUCACUUGCAAAUAAAUGGAGACAGUAUGGCUGAAAGGAAUCAUAGGGGAGAGGGAGAAGAAGACCAUGAAUCAUCAUCUUCUGGUAGGGUGCCAGUCCCUGACACCUCUGUUGAGGAGACCGAAUCGGAUGCCAGCAGCGAUAGCGAAGAUGUGUCUGCCCACAUUCAGGAACGCCCAUCCUCUGUCCAGCAGAGACAUUUGAACGCCAGUGCAAGCCAGUCAGGAGCAGAUAGACCAGUGGCAGGGGGUGGGGUGGUAAACACAAGUGUGAGAUCUAGAAGGCCAGAUGGACAGUGCACAGUCACUGAAGUUUAAAUCUAGAGCCAUGCGAAAAAAAACUCGCUUGUAAUUUUCUGUAAAUUUUCUGUCCACAUUGGCAUCGCACUCAAACCUAGCAGUGUGUUUGGUGGGAGGGUGGGGUGAAGGGGAGAAACAGAUUUGGCCUGUUUUAACUUAAGUCUCUUAACAUGUCUCAGCUGGAAGAUUCUUAACUGUAGGAAACUGGGUUGUCCUGUUAAUGGUUUGAAAGCUACUUAGCAAUGCCCAGUUUUCUUGAGAAUGUCUUGUGUUUAUUUUGUAGCAUUUUCCCCUGGAGAUACUCUAUCCCUCUUUAGCCAAUGUAUAUCUACUGUACAACUUGAAUUGUCUUCAUUACCUGACUGUUGCAUUAAGUGUCUUACUACUUUCUGCAUGGAUUGAUGUAUGAAAAGAACACUAAAGCAAUGUGGAAUCAGGCAAGGUGUUGGGUGUGAAGCAGGAUGCUUAAUUUAAUGUGAGAAAAUAGAUGUGAGUUUGGAGUUAAAAUGUGUUUUUGCUAGACAAGAGCAAUCAUUUACCUUCUUUCAAUGGAAAUGUAAAAAUGCUGUUAACUUGUGUUGCAAAUCCUACACGCUCUCCAUGGCUUUUUCACUGGCUUUGCCAUCUAGUCCUUGUAGUUUUGUUUUUGAGGUCUUUCUUGAUCUGUCUUGUUUUUGUUACAGAAUUUAUAAUUUAAUAAAACUACAUUUUAUCAGUAACAAUCUC